AUGAAAGCUCAUAUUCUCAGAGAUCCUGGGUUGGGAGCUGAGGGGUGCCUGGAAGUUGAGCGACAACUUCUGGUGGAGGAGCAGAAGUUAUGCCGAGUUCGCACCCGCAAGUUUACGCAGGAGACCAACCUGCGCAGAAAGGCCAUGGAGGACAGGCGAAAACAGUGGGAUGUCCAGGAGCAACGACUGAGAGAGAACAUUCUGCAGCAGCGCAGACUGCGGGUGCAGGAUGCUACUGAGCGCUUCCAAAGAGCCCACUUACCUCCUUCUCAAAGGAGACGACAAUCCCUUAGAAAGAACAUCCCCAGUAUUGAAGAUGCACUUCAUCACAUUCAAGGCACCUUGAGUUCAUAUGAGCGGCAGUCCUCUUUCAUUUCCAGCGGCUCCACCAUCAUAAGCAGGAACUGCACUCCUUCUCCAAAGCCUCCCACAGCAUCAAAAUCCUCCUACUGCAGGGCUCUCUCAGCUGUAGAGGCUUACACUAAAAUGGUUCAGGAGCGUAGCAUGAUUAACUUGAAGAACAGCCAGCAGCUUUUUGUCACUGAGACUCAAGUGACAAAAGAGAGGGAACCCGAAACUUGCAGUCCACAGGAGCACUGUGUGUCUCAUCUUAAUCAGUCUGAAAGUCUUUCAAGUCUGGACAGCUUGGAGAAGGAGAACCCUAACCACUGCAUAACUAAUCCAACUUGUUCUCAACAAUCCUUGCUGUGCGACUCAGAGAGGUCUCUGUCAGUCCAGAGACACAAAAAUGACCUGCAUCCAUCAUCAACUCUAACUUCUCCCGUAACGAAGAUUCAUCUUAGAGAUGACUUAGCCCAGCAGACCAAUAUACUUUUAGGCCCUCAGCCCAGGCAACAGGGAGAGUCAGAAAACUUAAACAAGGGGAUAUAUAACCCUUCUCAAGUCACACAGGAGUUUACCUCUGGAAAGCAAACUUCUAACCCAGAGCCCCAGCCCCCACUAGGCUGCUGCAGCCUGUUAACUCUCUGUGAAAUUAUUGACACAGAUGCACAGCGCUGUGAGAACAUUUCUCAGGGAAAUGGUCCCGAUGAUAAAAUCACAGUGGUUACAAAUAACACAGUUGCUCCAAGCAACACAGCGUGUGAAUUUUCUUCUGAGUUGCAUCUCGGACAGCAAAGAUUCUACAACGUCCGACAUGUAAAACAUCCCUCAGCAACAGAAAUACUUAUGCCCUCUAAAAAUAGCAACCAUAAAGAUAUUUUGUUAGAGACUCCCCCAAAGCUCAAUAUUUCCUUAAAAGAUAGCGCAACAGCCAAUGCCUCACAGGGAGAACUCACUCAGGAAAUAGGAAAAGAAAACAACUAUCCGUCAACCAAGAACAAAUCAAGUGAUACCACUAACAACCUCAAUAAGGUUUCGAACUCGGAGGCUAAAGCUGAGAGGUCUAAGAAUACCGAAUUACUGCAUCAGGAAUGCCUGUCAAAUACAGCGUUAGAAACUCCUAAAUGCCUUAAGUGUCCUGUGGAGGGAAUAAAAGAGUUCACUCUCUCUGCGAGGAUUUCUCACUCAGAUUCCAAAAUAUGUGAAGUCCAGUUCAUUAAAGGGAUUCUUAAAAAGCAGUCCAAAUACAUGUCUGGACAUAAUAUAUCUUCUCAUGGCUCAGGGCAUUUGAUUUUUGCAAAACAAGUAGCAUUAUCGAUCAGGGAUAGUCUUGAACUGACAAGGGGGAAAAGUAAGGAUACAGAGGGCAACAUGACUGUUAAAAAGAAAUUACGUUGGUUUGAUGAAGUAAAUUUGCAAGCUGAAGAGAAGGAACAGAAUAUAAGUGGAAGGAAACAGAGUCAGGUGAAAUGUAAGUCGGCCAAUCAGUCUAAGUCAAAAACCAACUCAGAGGACCACCACUGUAGUCUUACUGCAGUCUCAGGGGCUUCUAGGUCUGGUCCCGCCAUGACCCCUCCAGCCUCCACUGGUUAUCAUUUUACAAAGCAAGCUUGGGCAGAUGUUGGGGUUCAAGUCGGCAAGCUCCAGGAACAAGGAGACGAGGUCAGUAUGCCACAGAGCAGCACCAGGACGGGUGGCCCCAAGGUCCCCAGGAGAGAGCGCUCUGCCAGAGUUUGGAUGGGUCCUGUUUCCUCACGCACCAGAAAGGGCACUGUCAUACGACCUCAGUCUGCCACUGAGGUGAGUCAGAUUGCUAGGAGUCAGGGAAAGAUGAUGGUACCUCGCCCGCCUCCCAGGACGGAAGCUGUGGAAAACAACAUAGGAGAUGCAAGAGUUAACAGCACCAAGACGCCAUACAGUUUGGAUCACCCCAGUGCACACUGUAAACAAGCUCUGCUUGUGGAACAGGGCUUGCACAUGGACAGUUCUGGCAACUGUUUCUCCCCUUACACAUAUCACGCAAUCAGAGCAGAUGGUCGUGUUUUGUACACACCACUGCCAUCCUCAUAUGCCUGCCCCUUCUUGGAGGCCAACGCCAAAGUCACACCUAGCUCGGGUCAUCAAGAAUCUCAGAGCUUCAAUGGGAAAAAAGGGCUGCUGUAUGAUGAAAAAGGCCUUUGUCUGGAUCGUACUCCCACAGAUGAGGAGAUCUCACAGCUCUGGCAAGGAGUCCGCAGUGCCUUAGCCACCAAGGACGGUGAUCCUAGAAACUUCCUGACUCACAAUGUCCCAUUGUCUUCCCUGCCUCAAGCCUGUGCCAAUCUGUCCCAUGUUACCAUCAACGGUGAUAGUCUUAUCAGUGGUGUCAAAGCCAUCUCCAAAAUGGGUGGCUUCUUUGAUUCCCCUUCCAAUGCAAGGAGCCUUGUCAAGAGACAAGCUGUGGAUAGUGGUGGAUCAAGGCGGACGACCUGCCCGGAGCAAAGCAAGCAGUCCUUUGGCUCUGGCAGCAGAAGGUUUCUUCUACGCUCUCAGCCAAUAAAACAGACUAUGGAUCUUGCUGCACCAUAUUCCAGUACGUAUGACCUGGCCCAUCCAGGUGAAGACCUUGAGAGUACGGCCCAGUUUCAGCUUGCAAGAACCCCUGCUGAAGACCUGCUUGUAGAGCGGGAUAUUAUGACAGUCAUGGAAACAGCCCAAGCACAGAGGCCAGGAGUGGUGCAUCAGAGAGACCAGCAGCACACACUUACCACCAUCUCCUUGGAGGAGCAGAAAAUCCUGCUCUCCUUAGAAAGGCUUAACCACCAGCUACACUGUGUGCAGAAACAUGCUGGAGGUAAUGGUGCUGCAAGAGGCCACACACAAGUGGAUACACCCUCUGCAAGGGAAACAAAGGCUACAUCUAAUCACAAGCAGCGUGCAUUCUCAGGUGACAGCCGCUCUCGAAUACAGAAGAGGUUCUGA